CGCCUGGGGCAGCCUAGGAGGCAUGUGAGGCCUGCGGCUGCUGCUGCUGGGCGGAGAGGAGCCCCUUCCCCACCACCCCCGCCUCCUCCUGGUGCUAAAGGGGAUGGGCAGAGGCUGCUGUGCGGCUGACUCCCCCUGAGGAGAGGCUGGGGCGCUCAGCCCAUGUCACUGCAGGGCUGCAAGAGGCAAUGCCAGGCCCCUGGGCUGUAAGAAUUUUCAAACUUUUGAAUCCUCCUCAGUUGUCCAGCAAGAAUAAUUAUUAGGCCGAAAAUGCUUGAGCAACCAAAACUACUUCGUAGGCCUCUGCCUCCAAAGCUGCUACCUGAACUGCCUAUGCCAAGGGAGAACACCUAUAAAGACAGGAUUCCUGGAAAAGACCGACCUGGAGUGAUAAGAAGCACAAAUGAGAAAGACAGUAAUAUUUUUUCCAGUAGUUAUUUCAGUGGUCAAACACAAGUCCAGCCCAAAGAUGCACAUCUCCUUCUUGACCAAAAUUCUAGUGGUCAAACACAAGUCCAUCCCAAAGAUACACACGUCCUUCUUGAUCAAAAUCUAAAAAAGGUGUUGACUCUUACUGCUCCUUAUUUUUGUACACCUGCUGGCUGCCCAUCGCAGAAAGAUGGUAGAUCCUCUGACAUGGAGGUUCUGGCUCCCCCCGAGGAGAGUGACUCUGUUUGUUGGUCUUUACCAGACAUUGCUGCUGCUGCAAGCACAACUGACAAGGAUAGAAUUACUCUUUCUGGCUAUUAUUCAAGCAGUCGAACAUCAGUCCAACUCAAAGUCCAAAAUCUUUUUCCUGAUCAAAUUCUUAAAAAAGAUAUUAUUAUAGCUCCAACUCCUAGUGGUCCCUCCAACUUCCCAUUACACAAACGUCGUAAAUCCUUUCGCAUGCAGCUUCUUGGUUUACCGAAGGAUGAGCCUGCUUAUUUUACUUUACCAGAGUUUACCUUUGGGAGCUUAGCUGCAGUGUCCUCUUCUCACCCAUCACCUGUGAUGUCAGCCUUUAGAAAGCCAGUUGUUUCUCGCUGUAACUAUCAAAAACUCAGUGCCCAGUUGACCAAUAAAGUGAGAAAGAGCAUACAGACUGAAGUUAACACAACGGUAUUGUCCAAUAAUGAGGAGUUCCCAGUAAUUUCACGAAGAAAGCCUGAGAGACAGAGUAUCAUAGAAAUGGCUUUGGAGGAGAAAAUGAGAAAAUCUAACUCAUUUGAACAGAUUUUAGAAGAAGGUGAUGAAGGAAAAGGAUCUUUUAUGGACAAUAUAAAGCUGUACCCUCAUGGACAGAGCAAAAAAGUCUCUUAUUCAGAACCUGAUCGUACCCUUGAUGAUGAUACUAUAAAGGGUAUCCAGGGAUUCGGGUACCAGAAUUUGUUAAGUGAGCAGGAUGAACAAGAACAACUGAUGGCCAGGGCCAGAAUGGCAGUUUUAUAUUGCAUAAUGCAUAGCAGAACUGAACUUAAUCUUAAGGCCUAUUUCCUGACUCUCCUUCCAGACCUUACACCUUUAGUCGACACUUUGGUGUAUCUUAACCUGUCAUUCAAUGACUUACACUUCUUUCCCAGGGAGGUAUAUAAUAUUAAAAACUUAGAAGUACUGAAGCUCCGAAACAACCCCAUCAAAGAGAUCCCUGAUGAUGUCCACAAACUCAAGACACUUAGGAUCCUUAACAUGUCCUUCAAUUUACUAUCUGUCCUUCCCACUGGGCUGUUUUUAUUACCAUAUCUUAGUUAUCUGGAUGUUUCCUUCAAUGAUAUUAGCGUUAUCCCUCAUGAAAUCAGGAAUCUCAGAGCACUGGAGUGUCUGAAUGUUGAAGGAAAUCAGCUUUGUGCUUUGCCUUGUGAGGUUUUGAAACUUCCCCUGAAACUCCUUUACACAGAAAAUAAUUUAAUGCAUCCCUUCUUAUGGAAAGAAAACAGCCAGAACCAACCACAGAGACUUACUGAUCUGGCUGCCCUUUGCUUCUCCAGAAACAACAUGUGGCAAAGAUAUACUGAGAUCUCAAAGGAUAUUCAAGAAAUAUUAAACAACUGUAGAGUCUGUGACUGCUGCAAAGGACCCUUGUAUGGUCAAGGACUUCGUCUCAUUCGAUCUUGCAGGAACAUAUUUAGAUUCCGCAAACUUCCUUUUCUCUUUAAUGCCUGCUCACCAUCCUGUUACAGCAGCUUCAUGUCUCAGACUGACUCUUUGACUCGAAUGCUUUAUGGAAAUUGAUCUGGGUUGCAGCAGAGAAACUGAUGAUGUAAUGCAGUUAAGAAAUAUGAGGUCUUGUAGGUCAUGUUGUACAAGAAAAUAGCUUGUGAUACUGGAAUGUUUAGGAUCACUUUCUCUGUGCAAUUAUCAUAUACUCCUUAAGCUGCUUUCUGGCCUAAAUGUUCUAUUUUUAUUUCGAAAGGAGUCUUUGUCUGUUUAGGUUUGUUCGGGAUCACUCACUAGCCUUCUCGUGUGCUGUGUAGACAGACCCAUAGCUCCCAGAGGAGUAGUGUGGAUGUAACCUGGUUUUGAUUUGAAUAGAACAUGAUUAAAGUAUGCUAGUAAAACUGCUUUUUUCCACUGGUAUAAAAAGUGCUUUAAAGUGCUACACUAAGUUGGCUAUUAGUAACUUAAAUGCACAAUUACAAAAAGGUGCCUCUUGAACAUGUCUGCAACCCAUACUUAAUAUACUGGUGGUAAUCCAGGUGCAGAAUCUGUAUGUGGGCUAAAAUUCUCAAAAACUAAUGAUUUUUGGAUACCCAACUGGAGACACCUCAAGGAGGCCUGAUAUUUCAGAAAGUGCUGAGCACUCAGUCCGAAAAUCAGACCUUGUUAAAUUGUCUCAGGUUGGCAUCCAAAAUCACUAGUUGCUUUUGGAAAUCUUGGCCGUAGUGCAUAUUUUAUUACAAAUAGCUUUGAUAAAGGAAAUUCACGCUAAAGUGAAGUUUGCUAGAUAGCGUUCUCAUUUAUUUGAACACGAGAUAGACUAUUGGAGUCUAAUGUCUGGCCGAUUACAUGUAUGUAUAUGUUUGUAUAGUCCUUAAUUUUUUUAAUGUGA